CGAGAUAAACCAACUUUGUUGGAUGUUUUAUAUAGAUUAAUAAGUUCAUUUAUAUCUACUGUACGAAGUAAUUCUUUUUUAACAAGAUCAUUCAUGAUAAUGACAUUAUGAAUAGCACAAAUAAAAUUUUUGCUGUACGACGUGUUACAGGCCAUGUUUAUUAUUUCAGUAAAAAAAUCUAAGCGUUCAGAUGAAGAUGAAAUUGAUCCGAUUAUUGGAAAUUGAGUCAUCCAGAGAUGGGACCUGUUGUUCAAGGUUGUCCAUACGCACCAAAGAGAAACAAAAAAGAUGAAAAAGAAAAAGGCAGUUAACCUUAUUUUAAUUGUUAUUAUUUCGGAUAACUAAUAUCCGAACCUUUAUAUUUUCAGAUAAAUCGGCUUUUUAUUCUUCUCAUCAUGCAAAAUAUAUUGAGAUAAUCAAUAAUGGUGAACAACUUGAUACACAUGAAUAUGAAGAAGCAAAGAAAAUUGAUCAACAAAUAAUAGUUGAUUUAGAUAAUGAGGAUAUGUGCAAUGUAUAUCGAAGUGAGAUCGGAAUAGAUCAGAAGAAUCGAUCAUUUGGUUUACUUGUAACUUUCUUAUCUUGUAAUGUGGUCAUUGGUUUUACUGAAUCGAUAAAGGCAGAAGGAUGUCGUCGAGUUACAGACCAUUUAUUGACCAUGUUAAAGUUUGGUGCAAAUCUUCCUGAUGCACUAUUUUAUGAUAAUGCUUGUGCACUUCGUUUACACUGGAACAAAGUGUACGGUACAAAAUAUUUGGCGAAGAAUGAAUUCACAAACAAGUUAUACAACUUAUCGCUUGUAUUAGACCGUUUCCAUCUAAAAGGUCACACCACACCAAUGUGUCGAAAAAUGAUGAAUCCAGACGACAAUGAACAUGGUGCAAGGUUUAAAAAUAUAAAUACAUCUGUUUGUGAACAGUUCUUUUCCUUUUUGACAAAAUUUCGAUCUUCUUUAAGAGGUUUCAAUUAUCCACAAUACAAACUAAAAAACUGUAAAACUGUGACAGUACCUCAUAGUAAUUUAUAG